UGUUGAAGCUGUGAAGACGGCCACCUGAACCAGGGGUUCAACAUGACUUCUUCGUUUUCUGUGCUGGGGCCUCUUUGUUGCCUCCUGCUCAUCUCAGGACAGUUGGAGGCCAAAACUCUGCUGAACGCCAUCAAGCAGGAGGCUCUGGCUCCUGUCAGCGAACUCAGCCUCGACUCGGAGAAAGCCAACAGCUUCCUGACCCACUCCAGACCCAAACGUAACGUGGAACCGAAGUGGUACCGAGGAAACCCAGACUUCCAGUCCUACUACAGAUACUACAGUAGCAUCGGACACACCGAGGGGCUCUAUGAGAUCGACAAGCUGAGGAUGCUCUACCAGCAGAUGAGGUAUCUGGAGCAGACGUACGGUCCCGACGCCCCGUACUACCAGAACAAACUCCUCCCAAAGCUCAAGUGCGACCCGGCUACUGACAAAUCGUGCAAACUCCCACCUCCACCUCCCCCCAUGAAGGGGCUCCCAAAGCCCACCGACCCGCCGCCACCUCCUCCCGCCAUCUCCCAGGCGGACGUGCUCUUCCUCUGCAACAGCAGGGACCCCCUCUGCAAGCCCCACAUCGUCUACCUGCCUUCAGGCGCCGUGCCGGUGCUCUGCGACCCUCGCUACCACCCCCACUGCACCCCUCAGAAGGCCCCACCAGCUCCCGUGUUGGUGCAGAAGCAUCUUCCUCCUCCUCCUCCUCCAAAGAAGUCCGCUCCACCUCCUCCGGUCUACGUCAAGAAGACACCCGUAGUCCCCGUCCGAGCCUUCAAGGGCAUGGAGUACGACUGCGACCCCUACUGGGACCCCGACUGCCUGAUCGACCACCCGCCCAGGCCCAUCAAGGGAAAAAUCGAGGUGCCUCCUCCCACUCCCCCGCCUGAGGAGGAGGUGGUAGAGGAGCCAGCACCUCCUGCUCCCAAAGAGAAGAAACUAGUCUACCCGUACCCUUACCCCUACUACUACCUCCCUCACCCGUACGACCCCAGGGAUGACCUUUAUGACCCUGUUCGCUUCCAGUACCCACAGCCUGAUGAUGCUGCUGAUGAGCCUGCAGAGGAGGGGGAAUGAAACAACUGUCUUUGAGUGGAGAUUAAAAAACAGCUGUGAUUAGACCUGUGUGUAUUCACAAUCAGCAUGAUGAAUGCGGUUUUUAGUAAUACAUUUGUAUUUGGAGCAGAAUUUUUCAAAGAAAAAGGCAGUUUAUGCUUUAAUAUUUGACUCGCUUCCACGCCGGUGCAACGUGGCAGCUCAACUCAGACAGGAGAUCAUUAUGUCUGCUCCCGCUGUACAUUUAAUACCCAAAUAAAAGCUGACUCCUGCUACACGCUGCACUCAAUGGAGCCGUGUCCUGCCUCAUUUUUUCUGCUGAAUAUUCCCGUCUGUCUGAGCCCCCCCAGCAGCCCAUCAAACAGCGGGAGGACCCCUUUCACAAGCUCGUUUAAAAGUGCAGAUCUGACAUUUCCGCUAAAGGCCAGCUUUUCUAAAAAGAAAACUCAAAAGUCACAUGAAAAAAACAUCCGAUCCUUUAUUACAUACAGAAACAUGAGACUAGAAAACAACCCGGGUAAAAGACAACAUUGGUGUACAGAGGGUUCACUGAGACGUCUUUAAGUGCUCUCAGAUUGUGGCUGAGGAUGAUAAACUGUGAGGUUCUAUUAGCCAAUCAAAAUACACGCAAAGCAAAAAAAU